AUGGAUAUGGACCACAUGCAUCAUGACCCCGGCCUGGGCAUGGAGACAAACUAUGCCUUUGCCCGGGGAUACUGGUACUCCAUCGCCGGCGUUGUCGGUGCCCUGGCUGCUGUCCGCGGCAUCAACUACCUAGAUGCUCGACAAAGACUAAAAGCAUGUCGCGAUCCCUCAGUCGACCAUCCUACCCGUCCUCAUGGCCCUCUUAGCCAGGCUUGGGCCACAGCAACCGCCAUCUUCCGCGAGAUAGGCCAUCCGCAGUACUACAUCCGCCUCCACGGUCUCCAAUGGGCUACACCACUUCCCCUUGGUCGAAUAUGGGUUCUCGCUUGCUACUGGGCCGUCGUCGUCUACCUCAUGAGCUGGAACGUCUCCAAGAACGACGUAUACUACUGGGAGCGCAUCGGAUAUCGCAACGCCUGGGUAACUCUCACGCAGUUCCCACUACUGUACCUCCUCUCGACAAAGGUCAACGUCAUUGGCUUCCUCAUCGGUACCAGUCAUGAAAGGCUCAACUGGCUGCAUCGGUGGGUUGCACGAACCAUGUUUGUGACAGCGACGGUUCAUGGCUUCCACUUCUGGACCAUGUGGGUUCGCGCCGAAUUUCUCGACUACGCCCUUGAGAUCAUGCCGUUGGUCAAAUACGGACUCGCAGCCUGGGCGAUACUACUCUGGAACGUUGUUACAGGCAUCGUGCCUAUUCGGAGGCUUUCGUAUGAGAUUUGGGUAGCUCAGCAUGUGCUAACCAGCAUCAUCAUGUUGUGGUUGUUACACAAGCAUAUCCCUGCAAACGCCCGGUGGUUGCUGUGGAUGAGCAUCUCGUUUCUUGUGUUUGACCGCGCCAUGAGAUGGAUACUCUUACUUUGGCGGAAUGUUCGCAUUCGAUCAAACGCAUCAGCUUGCCAGGGGAUGAAGCAUCUAGGACAUCGGGUGGCUGCCCGAGUUGUCGGGCCUUCAACAACUGUCAUCACCAUCAAGGACGUUCACUUUGAGUGGAAAGCUGGCCAGCACAUCUACCUCUGGCUUCCUCGCUUAGGACCAUUUGAGGCCCAUCCUUACACCAUCGCCUGUGCACACAAAAUCGAGGGCACAUGCUGCUGCAACAGCAUACAACUGGUCGUCCGGGCGCAUAACGGCUUCUCGAAACGAAUUCACCAAUACGCGACCAAAAAUCCAUCAUCGGAGCUCACAGGCUUCGUAUCAGGGCCUUACGGCGUUCCUCCGCGAUGGGAUAUUUUCGAGACGCUGGUACUUAUCGGAGCAUCAACCGGAGCGAGCUUUGUUGUCCCCAUUCUUGAAUGCGUGGCCGAUGCACAAAAGGCCAACUGUACACGAAGAGUAGAGGUCAUGUUGAUGGCCAGAACCCCAGAAGAGAUCCAGUAUUACGUCGAAAGGGCCAAAGAAGCAGGGCGAAUGGUGAGGGCCAAGGGCGUGACAGUGAGCAUCCACGUUGCAAUAACAGGAGCCAGCAAACCGAUUGCUUCACCAGAGCCUCAAAGCCAAAGCGACUCGGACGAGAUCCAACCUGCAAAGACAGGUUGUUGCUGCAGCGCCCCAUCAGCAAAGACGCCCGAUGAAAAGGCAUGUUCUAGCAAAUCCUCAUCAACGCCAGACCUCAUACGCCAAUACACAAGUCGACCUGAUAUCGAGGCCCUUAUCCGUGAACCCGUGGAGCAGGCCUGGGGCGAGACGGGGGUCGUUGUUUGCGUGAUAUCAUGGAUAUCCUUGGAUGUGCAUGUGCAUGUUAGAGAAGAGCGCAGGACACGUAACGACAGCUUAACAAAUAAUGAUGAAACCAUCUACCGAACCAACCUGGAAAGCCUCCCUUAUCCACUCACCCUGCCCCUGCCAGCUGCGAAACCUCGUCCCCUCUUUUUGUUGUUUCCAGCCUCACCACCAAAACAAACCUCGGUCGGCUCACCGCAGAGUCCUCUGCCGAGGGUCUGGGACAUGCUGGCCACCACCGACGCCUCUAUGGUAGUCCCGCGCCUCGCCGCGUCACGAAGAGUCCUGCACGACCUCUUCUCCAUGGCUCUCUGUGUCGGCGGCAUCAUCAUGAUGUGGGUAUCCAACAUCAGCCUCUCAUCAGAAAAGACUUCGGAGCAGCGUCGCCAAGAGAAGUGGAUCAUGAUGGCCCUCUGGACGCUGAUCGCCGUAGUUGCGUGGAGGUUGAUCUUUGCGGUUUGGGGAUGUGUGGAUUGUUCUGGUGAUGCUAGACGAGCAGCAAGAAGAAGACAAAGACGGCGAAGGAGGAGAAACGACCCUUGGGAUCAGAUGGGUAUACUAUGA